CAGUUCAGUUGCUGCGCUGUGAUCGUCUCGCAGCAGUUACUUAGCAGGGCUUAACAGUUCAACACCAUGUAAGACGGAUAUCGCAAACCGAUUACUUAUUUUAAAAGAAGGUCAUCCAUAGACCAGUGGUAUUUUAUUAUUUUAGAAUUAAAGUUUAAAUGGGCUUGUUUUAAAUUAUAGAUAUGUUAUACCAAGAAAAAAAGCAUACCAUGUAUUUGGUUUGAACCAUUAUUAUUUUUAUCUACGUGUCCAGUUUCCACUGUAACAAAUACGACGGGAUCGGCAAAAAUAUUCACGGUUGUGAACUAUGUGUACAGUUAUAACAACGAAAUCGAUAUAAAAGUGCAAUUUUAUUCAAUUCUUAUGAUACUUUCUUCAAGUUUUGUGCAAGAUUUGUGUGAACUUAGGAUUUGCCAGCCAUCUUGAUUGCUGAUUGCUGUGCUGGAGAAAAUUUACUUAUUAAGUCAACAAAGUGAAUGAACAUAGUUUAGUCAAAUGUGAAAGCGAAAAAUAUACUGUGUGAAAAAACUACAAAUAUAACAUAUCUGCAUAUUCAAAAAAAGAAUUAAACAUUAAUUCAUAAAAAGUGAUCUGACACGGAAAAACUAAGUGACGUGACAAAUUCCUUUGCAUCUAUCACUUACACUGUUGUAUACAAGUUGAUCUAGCUGUUCUAUGAUCAAUAUACAACACAUGUCUGCAGUUGUGUAUGUGAACAUAAAGAAAAGAGGUGACGAUCGAGCAGCAUACCAUUCAUCCAGCAUAUUAAGCGGCACACCUGUAUCUUUCUGACACAGACAAUCGAAAUAUCAGUGGAAAGGAAUUUCUCCGAACUAUCAUCUUAAGAAAUGAGACCCAACAAACGGUAGAAAGCGAAAAACAGCUGAAACAAUCAUGGACUGGUCUACAGGCGACUUGGUGUGGUUUGACCCUGGGCUUGGUCAUCCACUACCGGGCGAAAUACUCGAAGUGCAUCGCGCCGCCCAAAUUAUAAUCGUACAGGCACUAAUCAAUGGAAAGGCUCAAACAUUCACUCUCGGGCCUGGUGAAGGCAAUCUUCGCCCCCGGCAAGACCUUGGAAAAACAGGAGUAGAGGAUAUGACCCAGUUGGAAGAUCUGCAUGAAGCUUCAUUACUGUGGAAUUUGAAACUGCGGUACGACAACGGACUCAUAUACACCUAUGCUGGAAGUAUAUUAAUAGCGGUUAAUCCGUACAAAAUGUUUCCGGAUGCAUAUGGUAUUGAAAUGGCAAAAAUGUAUUCGGGAAAACCGUUGGGAACACUACCGCCCCAUUUAUUCGCCAUUGGGUCUGCCGCGCAUGCUGCAUUGCCCUCCCCACAAGUUGUAGUCAUCUCCGGCGAAUCUGGAUCAGGAAAAACAGAAUCUACUAAGCUUGUUAUGCAAUAUUUAGCUGCAGUAGUUCCAGGUGGAGGAUCAGCGUCUACCGUUAUUACAGAGCAAAUAUUGGAAGCUGCACCUCUAUUAGAGGCUUUUGGAAACGCAAGAACAGCCCGAAAUGACAACAGUUCACGCUUUGGAAAAUAUUUGGAAGUUUUCUUUAAAUCUGGAGCAAUCAUUGGUGCGAAAAUCACUCAGUAUUUAUUAGAAAAAUCGAGAAUUGUAACCCAAGCACCCGGAGAACGUAACUACCAUGUGUUCUAUGAACUACUUGGAGGACUUUCGGAAACAGAACGCACUAAGUAUGGUCUUUUGGAGGCUGAUAAAUAUUUCUACCUGAAUCAAGGUGGAUCUGACUGUUCACCAGGUCGAGUAGAUUGGGCAUCGUUGCAAGGAGCAAUGCAGGUUCUAGGGGUGUCAGAAAGCGAACGUGAAGGCAUAGUGAACGUUCUUGCAUCUGUAUUACAUUUGGGGAAUGUAUACUUCCAUCGUAGACAAUUAAGACAUGGACAAGAAGGUGUAGAGGUUGGAUCAGAUGCCGAAAUUAAGUGGGCUGCCCAUUUACUGCAGAUACCAUCGGAGGGGAUACUAAGAUCCCUAACGUCGAGAAUUACAGAGACACGAUCGGAGCGGCUGUAUACUCCAUUGAGUAUAGAUCAAGCGCUGGACGCAAGAGAUGCUUUAGCUAAAGCAUUGUACUCGGGUUUAUUUAACUGGUUGGUCCUUCGGAUUAAUUCUAUUGUGCAUAAAGGAGGCACUCACGAUGCGCAUCGUAUUUCCAUUCUUGAUAUUUUUGGAUUCGAAGAUUUGGCUGAAAACUCGUUCGAGCAACUGUGUAUCAACUAUGCUAACGAAAGUCUACAGUUGUAUUUCAACAAGCACGUUUUUAAGUUGGAACAAGCAGAAUAUGCUAAAGAACGGCUGGAAUGGUCGGCAUUGGAAUGGGAGGACAAUCUUCCAGUAAUACAUUUGCUGGCAAAGAAACCAGUCGGAAUCUUUCACUUAUUAGACGAUGAGUCCAAUUUUCCAAGAGCAAAUGAUUUGAGCUUUCUGGAGAAAUGCCACUACAAUCACGCUUUGAAUGAACUAUAUUCUAGACCAAGGAUCGGCGCUCAAGAGUUUGGAAUUACGCAUUAUGCCGGACAGGUUUGGUAUUGUGUAGAAGGUUUCCUUGAGAAAAAUCGUGACGCCUUGAGAAUGGAUGUCGUUGAACUUUUAAGCUCCAGUACAGAACCAUUAGUUGGUGAAAUGACUAAACAGUUAAGAGCACAAAGAGACAUUGGAAAAACCUUACCAAGAGGAAUAAAUGGACGGUUCGUGACUAUGAAACCUAGAACACCAACCGUUGCAGCAAGAUUCUCCGAUUCUCUGCAACAACUGUUGCAGUCGAUGGCCAAAUGUAAUCCAUGGUUUGUAAGGUGCGUCAAGCCCAAUAAUGACAAACAAGCUCUUCGAAUGGAUAUGCCAUGCGUUUUACAACAAUUGCGUUAUUUAGGUAUGCUGGAUACUAUAAAAAUACGCCAACGAGGAUACCCAGUACGUCUACGAUUCCAGCAUUUUGUUGAGCGGUAUAGACAUAUGUUGAAAACUCCUCUACCGAGAGGCACCCCAUACCGUGAGCUUUGUAGGUUUGUUCUUGAUUCUCUACCAGGAACAAAUACGGAAGGACCAGAUUUUCAACUUGGAGCUACGAGAGUAUUUUUAAGAGAAGCACUUCAUCGAACACUGGAGGCCAGUCGAUCAGAGAGAUUACGAAUUGCAGCUGUAACUAUACAGAAAAAUGUCCGAGGAAUGCUUUCUCGAAAACGUAUACAGCGACAAAACCGUGGAGCUGUUACCAUUCAAAAGGCUUGGCGUGGAUACAGAGAGAGAAAGAACUACGUUAUGCUAAAAAGAGGGGUUGUCAAGGCUCAAGCAUUGUAUCGAGGACGUGUGCAACGGAAACGUUAUGCAAAAUUGAAAGUUGAAAUGAAACGUAGAAGAGACGCUGAGCGGAUACAAAAAGAACGAGCUGCUCAAAGUCUGGCCAAGGAACAGGUCGAGCGAAAUACUUCCGCAUUGUUAGAUAUACCAGCCGAGCUGGUAUUCAUUUUCUCUAAAUCAGAAAAUUGGUCUGGACAACAAAACGAUCGCCAUUUAGUUAAAGUUGUGGGUACAGUACCAGGUCCUCCGACCGCAUCCGAUCUGCCUCCGGAUCUAGACCAGUUUGCAUUUGGAAAGUUCAGUUCAGUAUAUUGCAACGGAAUGAAAAUCUCAUCAAGACGUGAUGUAAUAUCGACACCAUUUUUGUCAAGGGCUGCUGCUCGUGACCAAGAUUUUAAAGAUGCGAUUGCAAUUUUUAAACUUAUUUUAAGAUGGACUUCUGAUCCAACAAUCGAUCAAAACAAAGAAAAAAUAAUGGCCGAUUACAUAGUUCAUAAAGGAUUGUCCUCCAGAGGUCUAAGAGAUGAAAUACUGGUUCAAAUAUGUAAUCAAGUGUACAGGGCAGAUGAAACAUCAGCUGAGAAACUAUGGCUGUUAAUGUCCCAUUGCUUAUCUGCUUUUCAACCAGGAUCCGCUUUCAACAAAUAUUUAAUCAAAUUUAUUGUGGACAACGCGCCUUUCAAUACCAAGGAACAAUUAUUGAAGAAACUUUUGCGUAAUGAUACAGGAAAUCAGGCAAAUCCAUGUCGUCUGUUUCCACCAUCAUGGCUUGAAUGGAGAGCUUCAUCUAGACUAGCGGACACUGCUCUUGGACUUAUAUUGCCAGAUGGUAUAAUGCAAACAGUAGCUGUCGAUUCGUGGACAACAUGCGAAGAAGCCGCUGCUCUGGCUAUUUCAUCACUUGGUAUUCCAAACCUUGGAUGGACUGUUGUGAUCGACGAUAGCGGUUUAGUAACAGAUUCAUGUGGCUUGGACUAUGUUUUGGACUUGGUGUCAGAAAAAGAACUUUGUCCAGCUUUCCCAGCAGUUCGAAGUGAUUUGCUCAGAUGUGGCAGCAGAAAUCCACAACCUUCCAUUGCUGAGCCUGAAAUGAGCCCGAAACGUCCUCAAGUGCCUCCCCCGGAACCCCCAUCUGCAACGCGAAUGUCCGAUAUACAAUUAUUACCAGCAUCUCAUGAGCCUCACGCCAUUGAAAGUAAAUCAGAUGGAGAUGAGAUAAGACCAGAAUAUACUCGACAUAUGGAUUCUGCUACAAGAAAAACUUCGCAUGAUGCGAUUUCUCGUAGCAAAAUAUUAAACGACCAUUACUUUGAAUCAGAAAAAUCAAGAUCUAGAUCAUUGGAUGAUCUUUUGGCGGCCGAUGCUAAUGAGAUUAUUCCAAUCAGCGAUCCUGAGCCAAUGGUGAUGGCACUAACUGAGCAUCGACAGAGUGAUCGUUACAGAUCAAGCGAUGGUAUAACACCACUGAAGGAACCCCAACCAAGAUACGUCAAGUCACAAUAUGCUGGAAAGAGAACAGCUGGAUCACACUCCAGCAAAUAUGUCGAUAGAUCAGAAAUGAGCAUUCGAUCGUCUGCCAUGUCAGAUACGAGUGAAGCACCUUCUCUGGCCAGUCACGUUAGACGUGUGCGAGUUCCUUCCCAAGCUUCCGAUGUUGAUCAAUUCUUGGAUGAUUUGUUCAGCCCUGUACUUGAUGGAUCUUUAGAUGAGUUAUCAGAUGCCAGAUCAUUAGCUGCCAGUAUCCGUGGCACUGCUAACAAUCAAUUGCAAGACAGUGAACCAGAAAAUAAUGUUCAUGAUUAUAUUAACACCGUUCUAUCUUCGGUGAAUAUAUGUUCUUCAGUUAUGAAUCUUCAGAACGAACAGAAAAUCGAUAAUAUUAUUAAAGGAGGAGGUACUGCACAUCAAACGAAAAACAACGGGUUUUCUCCAAAUACGUCAAACUUUUCGUCAACGCCUGUCACGCCAAUCACCCCAAUCAAUUCAAACUCACUUUUGAUGAUGAGCUCAGUGACCCCCGAGGUUGUGGUGCCAGUAUUUAAUAUUCCACCGGGGGUUGACGGAUCAGCUUACCAACAACAAGUUCAAAGAGCAUUUUUACAGUCAGCUAUGGCACAGAAUAUUCAAAUUCAACAACAAUUGAUGGCACAAAAUCAAGCGUUACAGACAUUGCUUACUCAACAAGAUGGGCCCAAAUCACCCCCUAUUCACAAUAUGUCUCCGAAGCAAAAUGCUUCGCUAUCACCAUCAACGCCUCAAUCGGCUAAUCGAAAAACUAGUGUCAAAACCAGAUCGGAUUCCACAACUGCGUCUAUGUCUGAUCUUUUACGCAACCGAAAAGAUUCCUCAUCAUCUAACUUGAUCCCGCCUCCUCCACCACCGCCAUUGCCACCUCCACUAGAAAUGAAGGAUCCUCUUGAGGUACGACCUUUUCUUGAUCCCUAUGGAAGAGCCAAAACAGUACGAAUUGGCAAGUGGCGAUGGCCUCCGCCACAGGAUGGAUCAGCAGGAGAGAGUGAAGAGAACUUUAUGCACUUCAAACUAACGCGUCAAACCAAUCGUAAAACGACACCACAAUCGCAAGUCAAUAGUAACGUAGAGUCACCUAUUGGAUCCCCAAAUGGUGUUGAAUGGGAUGAAUUCGAGAUUGAUAUACAAAUGGCAAGCAAUUCUAGUAGUCAACACCCAAUGGGCGAUCCAAAUCAGAAAGGAAACCAGGCUAAUCGUGUUGCAAAGCGAAGUUUCGAUAUUGGUGCGGACAGACCUUCGCCAAACAGUGUGGGAAAGCUCAAAUUAAGCAAUGAAAUGAGACAACGACUCGAACAAGUCACUGCUGGCCAUUCUGUGCGCUCGACUAGCACUCGAUCAGAUAGGGCAGAACGGGUUCCAGCAAAACUGGAAGAUACAAGACGAAUGAUUUUGGAACAACAACUUGGUGGAAUUAUGUCCCUGCAGCACGCCUCAAAUUCUCAAUCUGACAUUCCAUCCGUCAAAACACAAGUUCAAAGAAUGGAAGCUGGCAAAAGACCUCCGCCAACGCAAUGGCCUACGGUUUUACCACCUGCUCCUGCUGGACCAGCACCACCACCGCCAAUCAGACCUCCGAAUACCACUCCUCCAGCUCCACCACCACCACAGAUGCAAAUGUCCCUGCAAGAAGUGCCGUCUUUUGUGCAACGACAGGAGCGCGAUACAUUUGGCGCAAAAGAUCCGUUCAACGACUCAUGGAGUCGUGCAGAAGCAGCCAAGUUGGAACUUGUCUAUGAAGCAAGUUUCAAAAAAGAAGUUGUAAUUCAACGCGAACGCUCACGGUCUCGAUCACGAUCUCGAGAUCGCGAAAAUUUCUCUGAGUCAGUUUGGGAUCGAUCAGAAGUGGAAGGGCCUUCAUCCACCACGAGCGAUCGUGAGAAUAAAGAACGAGAAAAACGUGAACGGAACUACGAGAUGACUCAAAUUCAACGAGAAAAGGAAAGCACAAAAGUUUACCAACCAGCACAGCCAAAAGAUAAAAUAAAAUCUAACAGUAGCAACAACCGGCAGUCCGUAGCCACGUUCAAGACACAUAUGGUCCAAAAAAGUGUACAAGAACGAGAACGGAAAACUUCAGCCACUACCGUAUCUUCAUUGAACAACGAUCAUAUGAAUGAAUCUGAUCUAUCGGUACACGAUCCACCUGCACCAGUGAUGCCUUUACCAGCACAGCCAUCGCUAAAAGCUCCUGCUGCUGCGUGUUUGACUUAUAAUAAGGUCACAUGGAAACUACGUGUGCGAAAAGAAGUUUUCCGUCCUAGUGAAUCAGUGUCCGCUCCAGCUGCGCUUGAUCUGAUGUUCUCACAAAUAACAUCCGAUGUAUUGGGAUUGACACCUUGUUUGCGUAUAAAUCCACAAGAAAAACGUGCAGCUAUGAACUUACUCAACAGUCAUGGUGUAACCAUUGAGAAUAUGUCGAGUCAGGUUAGAGCAAUAGUUAAGCGACAUCUGCUGGACAUGGCACGAGGCUGGCCUCUGUACUUUUCACGAAUGUUCAUACUAAACGGGUCGCCUUCUAUUCCCGGCGGAACCCUGCUUGCUGUAUCCCAUGUAGGGGUGUGUUUGGCGAGGAAGGAACAGGAUUAUAUUUCCGUGCAAAAAUCAAUGCCUUUCUCGGAAAUUCAAAGUGUGACAACUUUGCCACGACCUUCAACGUUCCAGUUAACUAUGAAGAACGGAAACCGAAUUGUGCUUCAUGCUCCAAAAUCUACCGCAAUACAAAGCAUGAUACAUUCGUUCCUGAUGGAAUUCCGACAAACUCAAUCAAAAGGACCCACAAUUUCCUCAGGAGUUCGAGCGGCUGCUGCAACUCUCAAUGUUCCAUUGGAACGCCUAGAAAUAUCAAACAAUAGUCCCAGUUCACCAAAUCAACUUUCGCCUGCUGAAAAGUCUCACCGCUCUUCAACCAUCGACUACGACAAUAUGCACAUCGAAAAUGGCAUGCCACAAACUCAGCAGGACAUUCCAUCGUCUCCGAAUAACCAGAACAGCUUUGGUCACCAAGGCCACUACAAAGUUUCGGUAGGGUCAAUGGGUAACAACUACCCUCAAGGAGGAAACAUCAUGCAACACGAAGAAUCAUCACCUACACAAACAUCACUCACCAAACAUUCGCUUCUGCAGUUUGCAAUGCAACAUUUCCGAAACGACGGUGAAGAAUUCAAAAGAAACGAUAACCGAUCGAGCACACGCAAUCCUCUGGCAGAUAUGGUGAAAUGGCAAGGCCAUCCGCUACGCUUACCACUUCUGCGUCUACCGCCUGAUUUAGCACCGCUUGCAAUCGAAUGUUUCGAUUGCAUCCUUCGCUACUGUGGAGACCUUGUACCAGAUCCGGAGCUCACAGAAGUCAAAUGUGUAUACACCGUGUUGAUGCAUUGCCACAAACACUUGACCUUGAGGGAUGAGGUCUACUGCCAACUCAUCAAACAAACAACGGCCAACCGUUCAGCGUGUCCAGAAUCUGCUCAACGUGCUUGGCGGUUACUCAGCAUCCUGGCGGCAUAUUUCGGCUGUUCUGAUGCACUUCGUCCGUACUUGAUUGAGCACCUAACGUCAGCGGCGUCAGAUCGUCGCCGAGCUUGCCACGGAACUGCUGCGGUCUGUCUAACCAACUUGAGGAAAACUGCGCGUUGCGGAGGCAGGAAGAAUGUACCAAGCGUUGAGGAGGUCACAGCGGUAUCAGCUGGACGGUCUGCACGAAGACAAAUAUAUCGGUUACCAGGUGGAGCAGAACGUAUCGUUAAUACUCGAUGCUCCACAGUUGUAGGAGAUGUAAUCACAGAAUUGUGCUCACUAUUGGGUAUAGAGAUACCAGCAGAACAACAAGAAUUCUCACUGUACUGCAUUGUACAAGGAGAUGCGUUCACGAUGCCACUUGCCGCAGAUGAGUACAUUCUAGAUGUAACUACCGAGCUUCUGAAAUCCGGACAACCAUUCUAUCUCAUAUUCUGCCGCUCAGUGUGGCAUUUUCCACUGAAACGAGAUCCUGCCCCGACCCCUCUCUACAUCGAAGUGCUGUUCAAUCAGGUGGCACCGGAUUACCUAGAAGGACUGCUUUUAGAAUUACCAAAUGGAGGAGCCCCAACUCCAGAUUACGUUCGUGAUAUGGCAAGAAUAGCCGCAAUACUCCACAGAGCAGCAGACCUUAAUCAUUUACCGGCAAUGAAAGAAAUCAAAUUUUUAUUACCGAAACCCGCCCUUUCGCUACGAGAACUUCGGCCAGCACAGUGGGUUGCCUUGGUGCAAUCAGCGUGGCCAUCCAUAGCCGGUCUCAGUCCCAUACAAGUCAAGGCGCAAUUCUUGAACGUUUUGUCAUCAUGGCCAUUGUUUGGAAGCAGUUUCUUUGCUGUUAAACGCGUUUGGUCAGAAGAAUCACCAGCUGAGGAAGUCAGUCCGAUGUGGCGAGAGCUAAUACUUGCGUUGAACAGACGAGGUGUGCUAUUCCUCGAUCCAAAUACUCACGAAACAAUGCAACAUUGGCCAUUCAACGAAGUGAUUUCUACUAGAAAGGUUCGAUCAGAGGACGGAGCGCUAUUUCUUGACAUGAAAGUAGGCAACCUUUUGCAACAACGGGUCAUCCGAGUGCAGACAGAGCAAGCACACGAAAUUUCCAGACUAGUGCGACAGUACAUCACAAUGGCGCAGGCACAACUGCGGGACCGAAGAGAAUAAUUUUAACCGAACAAAUCGUAAUGAGAAUAUAUAUAUUAAAAAAAACCUAAAAAGUUUAUAAAAAUUGUUUUGUUAGGACAACAUGACUAUUUUCAUUUUGAUUAGCAGUCAUAAAGUCAUAUGUUAUAAAGAUCGGUUUAUUGUAAGACAUAAUAAAUAACCAGAGAUUUUAUUAUAA